UGUACAAACAGGACAGAAGUAAUGAUUGACCAGCUGAGUCUUCUGCAGAUUUAAGUGGGCUGGGAGCUGCGGGUGGAGGCAGUGCUUCUUUCAGCUGGUGAGCUCCUCAGGGGCCAGCCCAGCUUUGGAGAAGAUGUUUUCCCUGAGGAUCCUCUGCUUGAUUCUGAGCGUGGUUAGCAUAGUGCAGAUCACAGGCACCACUGAUACAGAAUUUGAAGCAGCCGGAGGAGGCGUGCGUGGCCCAAGACUCACGGAGAAACAGCAGUCUGUCUGCAAAGAAACUGGCUGGCCCUUCUGUUCCGAUGACGACUGGAAUCUCAGAUGCCCUUCUGGAUGCAGGAUGCAAGGAUUAAUUGAUGAAGUCAAUCAAGAUUUUACAAAUAGAAUAAAAAAGCUGAAAGACUCACUAUUUAAUUAUCAAAAGAAUAAUAAAGAUUCUAGUACAUACAGGAACAUAAUGGAGAUUUUGAGAGGGAAGCUUUCCAAAGAUAACAACCAUGACAACACAUACAACCAGGUAUCAGAAGAUGUGAGAAGCAGAAUUGAGACUCUGAGGCGCAAAGUCAUUGAGAAAGCACAGCAAAUCCAGCUCCUGCAGAGCAACGUCAGGGCCCAGCUGAUAGACAUGAAGCGCCUGGAGGUGGACAUUGACAUUAAGAUCCGAUCUUGCAAAGGGUCCUGCAGCAGGGCUUUGUCUCGUGAGGUGAAUCUGAGGGACUAUGAGGAGCAGCAGAAGCAGCUGGAACAGGUCACUGCCAAAGAGCUGUUUCCCUCCAGAGACAGGCAGUUCUUACCACGGCUGAAGAUGAAACUCAUGCCGAUGACAGACUUGGUUCCUCCCACUUUCAGGAGCCAGCUUCAGAAAGGCCCUCCAGAGUGGAAGGCCUUAGUGGACAUGCAGCAGAUGACAAUGGAGUUAGAGAGGCCUGGGACAGAGGGUAGUGCCAGAGGGGACUCGACAUCUUAUGGGCCAGGGUCAGACACUGAAAGUCCCAGGAAGCCUGUACCUGUUGGCUCUGGGCCCUGGACUGUUGGGGGCUCUGGACCUGGAAGUGAUAGAAAUCGGGGCCCAGGAAGCUCCCCAUCUGGUGGCUCUGGGCACUGGAUUCCUGGGAGCUCUGGACCUGGAAGUGACCAGAGCCCAGUAAGCUCUCCGUCCGGUGGCUCUGGGCACUGGAGUUCUGGAGUCUAUGUGCCUACUCAGAGUGGAAACUCUGCCUCUGGAAGUUUUAAACCAGACAGCCCGGGCUAUGGCAGCACCAGGCCUGCCAACCCAGACUGGGGUCAUUUUGAGGAAGGAACAGGGAGUUUAAGUUCAGGAACGAGGAAGGAGUACCACACAGAGAAGUUGAUCAAAGGCGAUAAGGAGCUCUCCAUUGGGAAGGACAAAGCCACCUCUGCCUCUACUGGCACAACCACUACGCGUCAUUCAUGCACCAAGACCAUCACUAAGACUGUUGUAGGUCCUGAUGGACACAAAAAGGUGACCAAAGAAGUGGUAAACUCUGAAGAUCCCGCCGACUGUGCCGGUGGCCCAGAUUUAGGCAUGCUGCAUGGCUUCAGUGCCCACAGCAGCCUCGAUGAAUUUGCCCGGACACACCCUGGAGCAGCUUCUUUUUUUGACACAUCCUCCAGUGGGAAAGUGACGUCGUUCUCAAGCUUACCCUCCACUUCCUUGAAGGAGUACAGCAGUAAGACCCAGUCAAUGGGCACAGAGUCAGGCUUUUUCCCUGGGGACACUGGCUCUCACACCUUUGACGUCCCUGAGUAUUCCACCGGCAUGAGUACAAGCCACACGAAACAAGUGAGUAGCAGUAAGUCGUACAGUACAGGAAGCUCCACAUUUGAGAGAAAGAGCUUGAAAAUGUCAGACCAGGCUGGAGGUGCAGAAGAUUAUAAGGAUGAAGGAGACACCCACAGCAUCAAGAGAAGCCCUGUUAAAACUCGUCUUUCCAGAGACUGUCACGAUGUCCUCCAAACACAUCCUUCAGGUGCCCAGAGUGGCAUUUUCAAUGUCAAGCCACCAGGAUCCAGUAAGAUUUUUUCUGUUUAUUGCGAUCAAGAGACCAGUUUGGGAGGAUGGCUUUUGAUCCAGCAAAGAAUGGAUGGAUCACUGAAUUUUAACCGGACCUGGCAAGACUACAAGAGAGGUUUCGGCAGCCUGAAUGACCAGGGAGAAGGAGAGUUCUGGCUAGGCAAUGACGGUGUCCACUUACUCACGCGGAAGGGCUCGGUCCUCAGGGUUGAGUUAGAGGACUGGGCAGGGGAGGGGGCCUUUGCAGAGUAUCAUGUGUGGGUGGGCUCUGAGGCCGAAGGCUAUGCCCUGAGGGUCUCCUCCUACCAGGGCAAUGCUGGCGAUGCCCUGAUUGAGGGCUUUGCUGAGGAGGGGGAAGAAUACACUUCUCACAACGGCAUGCAGUUUAGUACCUUUGACAAAGAUGCGGACCAGUGGGAAGAGAACUGUGCUGAAAUCUACGGAGGAGGCUGGUGGUACAACAACUGUCAGGCAGCCAACCUCAAUGGCAUCUACUACUCUGGGGGCAUCUAUGACCCCAGGGAAAACAGCCCUUAUGAGAUUGAGAAUGGGGUGGUCUGGGGUCCCUUUAAAGGAACAGACUAUUCCCUCAAGGUUGUCCGCAUGAAAAUAAGGCCAAUGGUAACCUAAGGGGCAAGCAGUGGGAGGGCAAGAUUCUGUCUGCCUCCUUCAAAAAAUGAAGACACAUAGUUAAGGUUCUUUACAACCUAUUGAAAGAUUGCCAGGUGCUAUUUUAUUAUUCUUUGUACUGUAACUAAAUGGAACUGAGGUAUAGCAGUGCUUUGAAAAAUAAAGUAUAUGAACAUUUUUAUCUUUAAA